CUCACUAUGGCUUCCCUGUGCCCGGGCCAGCUGUCUGGUGGUUCGGCGUGAUUUAUUAGUUCUUUGCGGCGGGGUACCACUCUUACGAUUCCGACAUGCAAAAAAUCAAAUCUCUUAUGACCCGACAGGGUCUGAAAAGCCCUCCGGAAAGUCUUAGUGAUCUUGGUGCCAUUGAGAGUCUCCGGGUCCCUGGAAAGGAGGAAUUCCGAGAACUUCGAGACCAGCCUAGUGACCCUCAAGCUGAACAAGAGCUAAUUAAUAGUAUUGAACAAGUAUAUUUUUCAACGGACUCAUUUGAUAUUGUUAAAUAUGAGCUGGAGAAACUCCCUCCUGUUCUCAAUUUGCAAGAAUUAGAGGAGUACAGAGACAAAUUGAAACAACAGCAAGCUGCAGUCUCUAAAAAAGUAGCAGAUUUAAUCCUUGAAAAACAGCCUGCUUAUGUAAAGGAACUUGAAAGAGUUACCUCAUUACAGACGGGUCUUCAGUUAGCUGCUGUUAUCUGCACAAAUGGGAGGAGACACUUGAAUAUUGCCAAGGAAGGUUUUACUCAAGCUAGUUUAGGCCUUCUUGCAAAUCAAAGGAAACGUCAGUUGCUGAUUGGACUUCUGAAAUCUCUGAGAACUAUAAAAACAUUGCAAAGAACAGAUGUGCGCUUAAGUGAAAUGCUGGAGGAGGAAGACUAUCCAGGAGCUAUUCAGUUGUGCCUGGAAUGUCAGAAAGCUGCCAGCACUUUUAAACAUUACAGUUGCAUAAGUGAAUUGAAUUCAAAGCUUCAAGAUACUUUAGAACAAAUUGAGGAACAGUUGGAUGUAGCUCUUUCCAAAAUCUGCAAGAAUUUUGACAUAAACCAUUACACCAAGGUUCAGCAGGCUUAUCGACUUCUUGGAAAAACACAGACAGCAAUGGAUCAACUUCACAUGCACUUCACUCAAGCCAUUCAUAAUACUGUGUUUCAAGUUGUUCUUGGUUAUGUGGAACUAUGUUCAGGAAACACAGAUACAAAAUUCCAAAAGCUGCAAUAUAAGGAUCUCUGUACACAUGUUACACCAGACAGCUAUAUUCCAUGCCUUGCUGACCUGUGCAAAGCACUGUGGGAAGUUAUGCUCAGCUAUUACAGGACUAUGGAAUGGCAUGAAAAGCAUGACAAUGAGGAUACUACUUCUGCUUCUGAAGGGAGUAAUAUGGGUACUGAAGAAACUAAUUUUGAUCGUGGCUACAUAAAAAAGAAAUUAGAACACGGACUUACACGAAUAUGGCAGGAUGUUCAGCUAAAAGUAAAAACCUACUUGCUUGGAACAGAUUUGUCUAUAUUUAAAUAUGAUGAUUUCAUCUUUGUUUUGGAUAUAAUCAGCAGGUUGAUGCAAGUUGGAGAAGAAUUUUGUGGUAGCAAAUCUGAAGUUUUGCAAGAGUCCAUUAGAAAACAGAGUGUCAACUAUUUUAAGAACUACCAUAGAACACGGCUUGAUGAACUGAGAAUGUUUCUAGAGAAUGAGACAUGGGAGCUUUGUCCUGUGAAGUCAAAUUUCAGCAUCUUGCAACUUCAUGAAUUUAAAUUCAUGGAACAGUCUCGUUCCCCAUCAGUUUCACCUAGUAAGCAGCCAGCCUCAACAUCCUCAAAAACAGUGACCUUGUUUGAGCAGUACUGUAGUGAUGGGAAUCCUUUUGAAAUCCAGGCCAACCACAAAGAUGAAGAAACAGAAGAUGUCCUGGCUUCUAAUGGGUAUGAAUCUGAUGAACAAGAAAAAAGUGCCUAUCAGGAGUAUGACAGUGACAGUGAUGUUCCUGAGGAACUGAAACGAGAUUAUGUGGAUGAGCAAACAGGUGAUGCACCUGUGAAAAGCGUUUCUAGAGAAACUCUAAAAAGCAGGAAGAAGUCAGAUUAUAGUCUAAAUAAAGUGAAUGCACCCAUCUUAACAAAUACAACAUUGAAUGUAAUAAGACUUGUUGGUAAAUAUAUGCAGAUGAUGAACAUUCUUAAGCCAAUUGCCUUUGAUGUUAUCCAUUUCAUGUCUCAGCUAUUUGAUUAUUACUUGUAUGCAAUAUAUACCUUUUUUGGUCGGAAUGAUUCACUGGAGUCAACGGGAUUGGGCCUUAGUAGUAGUAGACUAAGAACCACUCUCAACAGAAUACAAGAAAGCCUUAUUGCUAUGGAAGUUUCAGCUGAUCCUACUGCCACCCUCACAGCAGCAGAAGAGAGAAAGGAGAAGGUACCAAGUCCACACCUCAGUCACCUAGUGGUUUUGACAUCUGGGGAUACAUUAUAUGGGCUGGCGGAAAGAGUGGUAGCCACAGAAUCCUUGGUAUUCUUGGCUGAACAGUUUGAGUUCCUUCAGCCCCAUCUGGAUGCCGUGAUGCCCGCAGUCAAAAAGCCCUUUCUUCAGCAGUUUUAUUCUCAGACAGUCUCAACUGCCAGUGAACUACGCAAACCAAUUUAUUGGAUUGUAGCCGGUAAAGCUAUUGAUUAUGAACAGAUGUUGCUCCUAAUGGCCAAUGUGAAGUGGGAUGUAAAAGAAAUUAUGUCACAGCACAACAUCUAUGUAGACGCACUGCUAAAGGAAUUUGAGCAGUUUAACAGGAGGUUAAAUGAGGUUUCUAAGAGAGUUCGGAUACCCCUGCCCGUGUCUAAUAUACUUUGGGAACACUGUAUACGGCUGGCCAACAGAACUAUUGUAGAGGGAUAUGCCAACGUCAAGAAGUGUAGUAAUGAGGGUCGUGCCUUGAUGCAAUUGGAUUUUCAACAGUUUUUAAUGAAACUUGAAAAACUAACAGAUAUUAGACCCAUUCCUGAUAAAGAAUUUGUGGAAACCUAUAUUAAAGCCUACUAUCUAACCGAGAAUGACAUGGAACGCUGGAUCAAAGAGCACAGGGAGUAUUCAACGAAGCAGCUGACCAAUCUGGUAAAUGUUUGCCUGGGAUCCCAUAUCAAUAAGAAAGCAAGACAAAAACUUCUAGCUGCUAUAGAUGAUAUAGAUAGACCCAAAAGAUAAUGAACACAUUCCUUUUUCUCAAUGGCAUUGAUCUUCUCUCAACAUAUAUGACAUGAAAGCCAAUUUUUCAUGCACUCCUGACUAUUGUCUAAGAAAUCUUUGUGCAUGUUCUUUCCAACUGGCAAGUGGAAAACACUGAAGUUCAUGUGGUGUUCUCAAAUGACUUUUAUAUGCUGUGAUCCUUCUCUUCAACUUUUAGUCUCAUUUGUUGUAUUCUUUUUCUGAAAUGAUAUCAUUGCCUCGUCAUAAGUAUUGUUAUGUGACUACAGUUAUACAUUUUACUGAAGAAUGCACUGUAAGUAUAUAAUUAGAAGGAACAGUGAUAAUGCAUCCAUGGGCAGUUUUUGGAGAAUGAAUUUAUGUUGGUAUUUUUUUACCCUCUCUACUUGGUUCUUAAUACAUAAGUGAGAGGGUUUUGUACAGUAUCUCCUAAUUAUGAGCACUGCAUGAAAAUUGAAAAGUACACGUAAACAAAAUAGCUGAAAAAUCAGUAUGUUCUCUGUGUUUUUAAAUGUCAGAGUUUAUGUCGGGGUUAAUUUGGUUAUAACAGUGAUCGUAAAUGAUGAAAUUGAAUAAAUAUUGUACUCUAACACGAUCCGCCUAUGUGAGACAGAAUUUAUGAAACUGUAAUAGAACUUUUCAGUGUGUUCUAACAAUUUUAAUGAUCUUACAUCCUGGUACCAGUGGUAAAAAGCAAUUUCAUUGGAUGUACCUUUUCAGAGCCUGAGUAGCACCCAGAAUAGUGAUUAUGGGAUUUUUUUUUCCUUUUCUUUUCUUUUUUAAUAUGGGACAUUUUUUCACAUAAGCGUUGUUCUCUUUGAAUUCUGCUUCUGUCUUAAGACAGGAAAACCUGGCUUAGCUGAGUUAGGGAAAGAACUGUUAGUAGUCAAGCAUAAGUUUAUGGUCAUAUGUUCACCUUUCUUAGAGAUCUGCUUUGUAUCACAGAUGUAAAAUAAUGUGAGCUAGCUAGGGAUAAACUUUGGAACUCAGUCUUUAGUAAAUGUGUACUUUGCUUUGAAACCAGAGAUCUUCUAUCAACAUAUACGACAUAAAAAUCAGUUUCCCAUGCACUCCUGCCAACUGUCUUUUACGGAAUUUUUUGCAUGUUCUUUGUAACUGGAGAGUAGAAGACUCUUAAGUUUGUGUGGUUUUGGUCCAGGUGUACUGGGCAUGACCUGUAACAUCAGUAGCUCCCAGAAUCCUGAAGCAUAAUCUCAUGAGAAGUGGGCCUUGUGUUCUGUGAGUCUUCUGGGAACUGAGAUGCGGAAGUGGAGGGCGAAGGAUGGUACGUGAUCAAGCAUAGUGGCGAAUAAGGAGGGAGGGGAUUGCCACUCAGUGCCUGCCUUUCCCUGCAGAUAUUCAUAACUGGCGCAGUAGACUAGAAAGUGCUUUUAGAAUCUCUGUGCGGGUGUUAGUAUGUGUGUCUGUACGAUGAGUUUUUUGUUUUCAGCCUCUGCAGUUCAUUUACUGUCAAUAUUGCCAGUAAAACUUUCCUCUUGUUAAAAGGUAUGGGCUUGAUGCUGUAAUGGUCUACCUGUGGCAUUAGAAUGUGUACUUGUAAGGCAGAUUCUGCCAGUAGCCGUUAUCCAUAUACAGCCACCGGAAGAAAACGAAUAUGAAAUAAGCUUGGUCCUUGUGUUUAAAUGACACAUUCAGCUGGGACAUAAAGAGCUAAUCAGCCUCAUUUAUUUCUCAGUUGAUUAAGAGCUGCUUGUUUCUUCUUUUUUACAUGGACUUUAUGGUUGGCUUUCUUUAAUUUCUAGUUUAUUUUGCCCUAGGUAGUAUGGACAGCAAUUACAUACCCGGUAGAGUGUUUUCCAGGAUGGUAGAAAUUGAUACAAAAGAAUUGUUAGGGAAUCAACCAUGCAGUCAGACAGACCUUUUAACUUACCCAUACUCUGCUUUAAUAAAUAUUUUUGAAAAAGCUUUUUUUUUUCUUCAUUUCAGGGUAGCUUUUAAUAAGUGCUCAUUAACAUCAAAACAGUAACAGGAUACUUGAGUUGUGAAAUUACCUAAUAACAAGUCAGUUACCAGACAGUUCUCAAAUACAUUACGCAGUGAUAAUGAAUUAUAACCAUGUAACAUUUUUGUGAAACUAAUUUUAAGAUAAAUAGAAUUGAAAAGCGUGACAAUAUAAAUCGAAUUAUCUGUCUUCCAAAAUUUUUACUGUUACAAAAAUUUCUUUUUGUGUCUAAGUUUUCCUGAACUUUGACAUUUUAUAUGAAAGUGUCCUAUGAAAUUCAAGAUUUUAAGUUGAUGUGGGAGCAUGGUAAAAUAGCAUUCCCUGAUAAAGAAUGAUUAUUUCUAUAAAUAUAUUGUCUUACAUUUUAAAAUGCUAGGGAAAUACAUAGCAGUUCAAAUGAACUAGUUUGCUUCAGUUUAUAAAGACUACAGAGAUCUUAUAAGUUCACUUUGACUAGUAAGCUCAUUUGCUCAACUUACAAAAUGAAAUAGAAUUUUGCUUGAAGCCAGGACCAUAUGGUAUUUUAUCAUAUCUUUAAGCAGAAUUUCCUUUGAAAAGUUCUAUUUGGCCGAGUGCUAAAGUGAAACUUUAAGUUAGAUUGAAUAGCUUUUUCUUUACCUGCUCACUGAAAUGUAGUCAUAAAAAAGACUUGUAAUUCAAUUCACUUUGAAAGCAUAGUUAUCUUUUGUAAUGAAAAAUUGGACCUGAAGAUGAAAUACCAGUUGUGCUCAGAGCAAAAUGAAGAAGUCCUGGGGAAAAAUAUUUAUAUUUCUAUAUUUAUUCUUUGGAGUAAUUUUAAUACAGACUUGGUAGUUAAGACAAAUGAUAUUUAGGGUGCCUGGGUGGCUCAGUUGGUUAAGCGACUGCCUUCGGCUCAGGUCAUGAUCCCGGAGUCCUGGGAUCGAGUCCCACAUCGGGCUCCCUGCUCGGCAGGGAGUCUGCUCCUC